CCACAACGCCACAGCUCGACCAUGGUACCGACAGAACGACACAGAGGAACGCAACGCUAAGGCCAGAAAAGCCUAUGAAAGCCUCAUGACGGUGACUCUCCGAAAGCCCACAAGUCCGGAAUAUCGGAAAUUUUCCGAAGAAGUCAAAGCCAGGGCUGCAACCAUGUACACGAACUUUACAUACGGCGAACAGGAGGUCAACAGCUUUGUUGGUGCCUUCCAUGACGCUGUGAUCCUGUACGCCCUGGCUCUGAACGAGACCAUCGAGGCAGGAGGGAAUGUCAGCGACGGUCUGGCUAUCACCAAGCGGAUGUGGAACAGGACAUUUGAAGGUAUCACAGGUACUGUGAGCAUCGACGCCAAUGGAGACAGAAACGCUGAUUACUCCUUGCUGGAUCUGAACCCCGCCACUGACCGAUUUGAGGUUGUAGCUGACUACUUUGGAAACACCAAAAAGUAUACUCCCGUUGACGGGAAGAAGAUCCACUGGGCUGGUGGGAGAGACGGUCCUCCGCCUGAUACUCCUAUGUGUGGCUUUGAUGGAAGCCUGUGUCCACCAGAAAAACCAUUUCCGGAGUAUGCCAUUGUGAUUAUCGUCCUGGGUUCCAUACUGCUUGUGGUUCUUAUUGUGACUUUCUUUGUGUACAGACAUUUUAAACUGGAGGCGGAACUAGCAGAAAUGAAUUGGCGCGUGAGAUUUGACGACAUCAUGUUUGGCGACCCGACCAGAAACAACAAGAAAGUGGAGAAACAGACCAACGGCCAUGUAAGAUGUAGAAAUUCCUACCACAGUGACUGUUCUGGAGACACCAUUGCGGUCCACUUGAGUGACGUGGGCAACAGGCAGCUAUUUACCAAGACUGGUUACUAUAAGGGUGCCAUACUGGCCAUCAAGCCUAUACAGAGAGCUCACAUCAGCAUACAGAAACCACUGUUGUUGGAGAUCAAAAAGAUGAAAGACCUCCAGAACGAUCACCUGGUCCGUUUCCAUGGUGUCUGCAUUGACAUUCCAAACCAGUGCAUUCUGACUGAAUACUGUCCCAAAGGGAGUUUGCAGGAUGUCUUGGAAAAUGAACAAAUAAAACUGGAUUGGAUGUUUAGAUAUUCCAUCAUGCAAGACAUUGUCAGAGGAAUGGCCUACCUUCACAGCACCGACAUCCGGAGCCAUGGUCAUCUCAAGUCCAGUAACUGUGUUGUUGACAGUCGAUUUGUGGUCAAGAUUACAGACUUUGGUCUUCACUACUUCCGAGAGAAGGAAGAGGAGUUAGAUGAAGAUACGUACGCCAUUGAAAGAAGAGGAACCCAGAAAGGUGAUGUGUACAGCUUCGCCAUCAUAUGCCAGGAGAUUGUUUACAGAUAUGGUGUGUUUUACCUCCAGAAUUUAGAUGUUUCACCAAAAGAAGAGUUUGAUUGUCCAAACGAUGAACUGGCAGGAGUCAUCCGGCGGUGCUGGGCUGAGGACCCCACUGAGAGACCUGAUUUCCAACAACUGCGCACAAUGAUCAAGAAACUCAACAAAGAUGGCGACAAGGGGGACAUAUUGGACAAUCUUCUGUCCAGAAUGGAGCAGUAUGCCAACAACCUGGAGGCUCUGGUGGAGGAAAGGACUUCUGACUAUCUGCAGGAGAAGAAGAAGGCAGAGGAGUUGUUAUACAACAUGCUUCCAAGGUAUGUGGCAUCUCAACUGAUUCGAGGAGAAACCGUGUCUGCAGAAUGGUAUGACCAUGUGACUAUUUAUUUCAGCGAUAUUUGCGGAUUCACGUCUUUGUCUGCUGAAAGCACUCCAAUGCAGGUUGUAGAUUUGUUGAAUGAUCUGUACACCUGCUUUGAUUCCAUUGUUGAACACUUUGAUGUUUACAAGGUGGAAACGAUCGGUGAUGCCUACAUGGUCGUCUCUGGUCUGCCUGUCAGAAAUGGAAAUCUCCACGCCAGGGAGAUUGCACGAAUGUCUUUAGCCUUACUGGAUGCUGUGUUCAAGUUCAAGAUUCGCCACCGGCCAGGGGACCAGCUGAAGCUGAGAAUUGGCAUCCACAGUGGUCCAGUUUGUGCUGGGGUAGUUGGCUUAAAAAUGCCUCGGUACUGUCUGUUUGGAGAUACUGUCAACACAUCAUCAAGAAUGGAGUCCAAUGGACUACCUCUUCGAAUUCAUGUGAGUCCAUACACUAAAGAGCUGCUGGAUCAGUUUGGAACAUUCCAUUUGGAGAUGAGGGGUGCUGUAGAGAUGAAGGGCAAAGGUACAGUUGUCACCUACUGGUUGCUAGGAGAAGAGAACUCCCCUUACAACAUCAGACAGCAAGGAUGUAAUGAGCCCGCACAGAAAUCUCCACAAAAAGAGACAGGAAAGAAUGUCUCGCCAUCGAAACACUGA